CGGGUUCGUCCAGCCCGCGGUCUCACGAUGGGUAGCACCGCCUGCCAGCUGUGCACGCUGAGGUUGAGCGGCACCCGCACCGCCGGCGAGUAUGGCCAGGCGUCGGCAGAGGCGGCGGCUGACACUCCGGUGUGCUCACUCUGCCUCGGCACCCUGGAGGAGCGCACCCUCGACGCCGCCUGCAGGGCCGUGGCCGAGGCUGCCGUAGCGUAUGAGGUGACGCAGUUUACGCUCAACAUCCAGCUGCCGUCGAGCAUGCUCGUGCGAGAGCGCGCGGCGAAGCUCAAGCCGUCGCCCGCCGAUGCCGCCGCCGCCGCCGCCGACUCUGCCGCCGCCACCCGCGCCGACAUUGUGGACAUCAAGGAGGCGCUGCGCUGGGCUCUGAUGGAUCGGCUCGCACGCGCCACCGGGCUGGCGAGCGCCACCGACGCCGCCCUGCAGAUCAGCGUGCUGGUGCGGCGGCCGUGCGCGGAGGAGGCCAUGGCCGAUCUCGACCUGCUCCGCCCGCUGCUGCCUCCGCCGCCGCGCUCGCGGCCCAAGCGCAAGUGGGGGCGGGGUGGCGGGCGGGGCGGCGAGACGGCCGGCGGGCAGGGCGGCGAGGCCGGCGGUGGGCGCGGCGGCGAGGCGGGCGGGGCCGAGGCCGCCGACUCGAUUCGGUCUGUGCUCAAGGCGCUCUCAAGCGAGCGCGCAGACCAGCUGCUGCGCGCGUCCGCGCUCUGCCCGCCGCAGCCGCCGAGCCGGCCGAACGUGCUCUCGGUGUCGGUGGAGCACGCGGCCGUCUUUCUGGGCGGGCGCUACCUCAAGCUCUCCCGCCAAUUGCCGCAGACGGCGUGGAUCAUCGACGGUGUGCGCAAGUGCCCCAGCUCGGUCGAGGAGAUCAUCGCCGCGCCGGUGCUGAAGGCCUUUGGCGCCGCGAGCCUCAAGUUCCACUCGGCCGUCCCUUCAUGCUCGAGCUUCGGGGCGCGCACCGCAGCGCCCUCCCCGCCGGCGGGCUGGAGGCGCUGCAGACGCAGAUCGCGCAGUCGGGCGUCGUGCACGUGCCGGAGCUGCGCGUGACCGAGGCGCUCGUGCAGUCACUCAUCAAGGAGGGCGAGGACGGUCACUGUAAAGACUACCGCGCGGUGGUCCGGCUCGGGCGCGACGUCUCCCAGGUGGAGCUCGACGCGCUGGGCCGACAGUGCCCCGUCGAGCUCGCGCAGCUGACUCCUCUGCGCGUGCUGCAUCGGCGGUCGCACGCGUCGCGGCCGCGCUCCGCGGGGACGUACGUCAAGGAGUUUGUGCACGGCGACUUCGGGCGCACCUCGCCCUCGCUCGGCGACCUGCUCGGCUGCGAGGCGGACAUCCUCCAGCUGGACGUGCUGGGCGUGCGGCCGGCGCGCGAGAGCGCCCAGCCGCCGCCGCCCCUGCCGCCCUUGCCGGAGUGAUAGCGGGGGACCGGGGGAUGGGGAGGGAUCGGCACGGUGACCGCGCGGGCGCGUGUGAGCGGACCACCCGGGGUGAUGAUAAAGUUAAAGAAAACGCUCGUCCAACCUCC